AUGGCGCGCCUGGGCUGUCCGGAUGUCGUGGCCGUGAAGAGGAUGCGCACGGAGGCCAUGCAGCCGAUGCACCACGCCAUGUUCCACAAUGAGGUGGCCCUGAUGUGGCUGCUCCGGGAGCAUGGGAACAUCGUGCGCCUCUUCGGGUACAGCGAUCAGCCGCCGGCCAUUGUGAUGGAACGCUACCAGACGGAUCUGGACACGCUGCUGCACUCGGAGGUCGCACUUUCGGCCCUGCAGCUGGCGGACAUCUGCCAGCAGUGGGUCUCCGGGCUGGAGGCCAUGCACGCGCAUGGUGUUGCCCACUGCGACCUGAAGCCGGGCAAUGUGUUUGUGAGCCAGCGCCCGGACGGGGGCUGGCGCGUGGCCCUCGGCGACCUGGGCACAUCGCGGAACCUGAGCGCCGACCGGUCGUCGGUCCUCGCCAACACCAUGCCCGAGCUGAAUGCCAUGACGGUGCGGUACGCGGCGCCCGAGGUGCUCGGCGCCUUCCAGCGUGGUGUCGCCCUGGAGCGGGGGCUUUUCCUGCCGGCGGACAUUUACAGCGCGGCGGUCAUGCUCAACGAGUGUCUGUCCCGCACUGAUCCCUGGCAUGAGCAGGCUUUUGCCGAAAUCGUGGCGGCCGUUCAGGCCGGUCAGCGGCCUGCCUUCACCUCCGCCCUUGGCCCGGAUGCCAUGGACAUGAUCCAGGCAAGCUGGGAGACUGAUCCCGGCAGACGCCCGCCGGCGGCCAUCUUCCGCCAACGAUGCGCCGCGCUUUUUGUGGCCGCCGGCGGUCUAACACACUCCUGAGAUCUCCCCGCCGCGAUUGGGCUCCAUCAAUGCACCUUCCCCUGAGCCAAAGACA